UACAUUUUUUUUUUCUCGCGCUUUUGAAAAACAUUAUAAAUUUGUUUCUCUCUUCGAUCAUGUCAUCGCAAAUGGAUCAGAAUUGCAAGAAGAGCGAGGAUGCAAAGGCCAUGGACUGCACUGAGAAUGAUUUUGCUUUGGAACUGAAGCCGGCACCCAAGCAAUUGUGCAUUCCAUUGCAUCAACGUAGACGCAUGGUAGUCUCGGAUACCAGUAUGGGACAUCGCCCAAUGGAAUUCGAAAUUCCGGACAAGUCGUGGUCGGUGCUAUAUUUUGGCGCCGAUAGGAAUAAACACCUGAAGUAGACGGUAUCAGCCUAAUCAUCAGACAGCAACAUCAACCCGGACAUGGACAUUAUCGCAAUCUCUGUUUUGACCCUCCACAUGACAAGGAAGAAUAUAUUUUGUCUACCAGCUCGAAACCAUCACUCUCCUCCCCACUCCCAGCCCUGGACAAGACACAAGCCACCACCCAAUCACACAGUCUCUUCACCACGCCAACUAGCCAAAUGAUAUGUUAUUUGAAUGCCAAAAAGAUUUAAAUUCUAGUGUGCGCCAAUGCAUAAGUUAACUAUUCCAUUCUUCAA